UUGUCUAUGGAAAAUAAAUCCGGAUUUCGAUUGUUUGUGACGCUUUUAAGAUCUUAAUUAUUCAACUGCUUAGAUACGUAGUAAAAUAACUGUUAAUAUAGAUAGCACCAAUCCUUUUUUUCGUUGAUAUACUGUAAUUAAAUAUUCAGAUAGCUAUUCAAAAAGUGAAAAUGUUGGGAUCGGGCGACGGCGGUAGUUACAUUAUUAGGUUACGCGGUUUGCCUUUCUCUACAACAGUAGAAGAUGUUUUAGAUUUCCUAAACGGAAUCAACGUGUUGAAUCAGAAAGAAGGGGUGCAUUUGACUGAAGUGAGGCCUGGUAGACCUUCGGGAGAAUGUUUUGUAGAAGUGGUGAGCCAGGCGGAUGUAGACGAAGCUCUUAAGAAGGACAAGGAGAACAUGGGGAAACGAUAUAUAGAAGUAUUUUCCACUGAUCGUCAGGACAUGGAGUGGGCGCUGAAUGCCAUGAAUCAUUCUGAGAAUGGUUUCGGUGGUAUUCCCAAUUUGAAUGAUGACAUGGGCAUUAUUAAACUUCGUGGUUUGCCCUUUGGUUGCUCUAAAGAAGAAAUAAUGCAGUUCUUUGACGGGCUGUCGGUGGCCCCCGAUGGGGUGCACUUGCUCUACGACUACACGGGCAGGGCCUCGGGCGAGGCGUUUGUACACUUCAUUGACAAGGGGAGCGCUCAGGAGGCACUCAACAGGGACAGGGAGAAAAUAGGACACAGGUGGGGGGCAAGUUAUUUCACAUUGCCAAGUUUGCAGCCGAUAUUUGGAUAUAACGGCGGUGGCGGUGGGUAUGGGGGUCGGGGAGGUUUCCGGCGGGGCGGGUACUGCGUGCACAUGCGCGGUCUGCCCUUCAAGGCUACGCCGCAGGAUAUCGCAUAUUUCUUCAAGCCGGUGAGGCCGGUCAACAUCAACAUCCUGUACGACAGCAGCGGCCGGCCCUCGGGCGAGGCCGACGUCGACUUCGACUGCCACGACGACGCCAUGCGGGCGAUGAGACGAGAUAAGCACAAUAUGGAGCAUCGCUACAUCGAGCUGUUCCUCAACAGUGCUGGGGGUGGUGCGGGCGGUGCGGGGGGCGGCGCGGGGGGCGGGCCCGGCUUCAAGCCCACACGCACAUACAGGAACCUGUACUAAAUGCACAAUAAACUAAUUAUACAUUUAUGUACAGUCGAGGACAUCCGCGGUGUACCCAUCUUUGUUCCUUGCAAAGAACUCCGCCCUUUACAUGUAAUUAAUUAGCAAGUUGAGAAAACGACGGAAUAUUAAUUAAAAGUACCUCUAAGCGUAGUUUUAUGCAAGCUUUUAGUCCAACAAAAAAAUUUAAUGUGGAACACUAACAAAUUCCCCGACUGUACAUUCGUAAAUUUAUACAGGAAAUAUCUAAACGAAUAAUGAAUUUCGCUUUUAUUAAGAAAUCUCAUCUAUUGCGACUUUUUUGUACAUUAUACUAUUAAAUCCACUAGACAUUUAGUUUAAAUUGGAUUUUAGCAAAGUUUUAACUGUCAGUUGAACUAUUCAAUUAAAACUGAAUGUCUUUAGUGGGCUUUAUAAUGUCUACAUGAAUUACAUUUAUAACUGCGCAAUGAAAUUUAUUUUUUAACAUUUAGGGCCCGUUUAAAUUAUAAAUUUCCUGAUUAGUCUUGGAUAGUACACGUACGAUGUACUAAAAAAUAAUGUUACUUGGCUCUGUACUAAAAGUAACGUUACCCAACAGCUUCUGUUAAUCGGACGUUUAGUACUUUUAGUACACUAUACGAUAUCGGUGUUCGCCUUUUUGUCAGAUUGAAGCAUCCACCUUCAAUAAUAAGAAUCAAAAGUGGAUAAAACUAUUUAUAACUAAAUUUAUUUUCGCUAAUAUGUUUGACCCUGCUUAAAAUUUGAUGUGAA